AAAAAAAAAAAGAUUAAAAAAAAGGUUGAGCAGCAGAAGAAGCAGAGAGAGAACGAUGAAGCAGCUCAAUCUGGCACUACAAAUAUGCUUAACGACCUCUCUGAUACUACAGCUAGUCACUUGCUCAAACUUAACCCCAACGCCCAUCCCAUGGCCAGACCAAUUCCAUGCACUUUUGUUUAUGAACUUGAGCACAACAAAGCUGCAGCUCAGUGACCUCUGGUACGACUGGCCUAAGGGCCGAAACGUCAACAUAUUUCAGAAGCAGCUGGGUGAGGUUUUGUACGACGUAGAGUGGAACAACGGCACGUCGUUUUACUACACCAUAGGGGAGAAUGGAGCAUGUGAGGUUAUGGAGUUUGAAGUUGGCAUUCCUAGGCCUGAUUUUCUUCUUGAUGGGGCACACUAUCUUGGGACUGAAGUCACAGAUGGGUUUCUUUGCCAUGUGUGGGAGAAGGUGGAUUUUAUUUGGUAUUAUGAGGAUGUUUACACUAGGAGGCCAGUUCGCUGGGAUUUCUAUGAUGGAAUAUCUAGUCAGGUGAUGACAUAUGAGGUUGGUGCAGUUUUGCCAGAUUCAGUGACUCAAGCACCUGCAUACUGCUUCAACCAAGACAAAGAUGCAUAAGCUUUAGAAAGUAAAUUGUCAAAUAUUUGAUUAAUGAUGCAUUUAAGUUUUAUCCUUCGUUAAAAAAAGAAGCCAUAUAUGCGUCCCCUUGAAGAAAAUCCUUUUGUGAGUUGUGACCCAUAGAGUCGAUUUAGUGGAUUAUUGAUCUCUGUUGUUAGCCAGUGUUAUUCGCUUAUUAUCAAAUACACAGACUAAUUGAGCACCUA